AUGCCUCCACAUGGGGCCAUGCUGGGACCUUUGUUGGCUUCUCUGCUCUGGCUGCUGGCACUUGUCCUCUGGCGGGUGUGGGGGGCUGCAGCUGAGCCUGGUCCAGGAACAGUCCCCUGUGUGUCCUGCAGACCCCGGGCAAUGGCGGAGCUCAGGCGGCAGCUCCAGAGACACUUCCUGGAGGCUCUGCAGGCGGAUGAGCCGCUGCAGGCAGAGCAGCUCCUCUCCACGGGCAGACUGGACAUCGACACAGUGCUGGAGGUGGACGAUCCCAGCAUGCACCUGGCCUCCUACAAACAGGGGUACUGGCUGCCGGAGCACAAGCUAGAGAAGUCCUGGGCCAUGGCGCUACAUGUGUGCGUCCUGUACAACUCGCUGCAGUGUGCAACGCUCCUCAUCCAGCGCGGAGCAGCGCUGAACCGCAUGCCCAACGGGAAGACGCCGCUGCACGUGGCGUGUGAGGCGUCCAACCCGCAGAGUGUGCAGCUGCUGCUGCAGAGCGGGGCCAAGCUGCGGGCGCGGUCCCUGAGCGGCCACACGGCGCUGCACCACUGCGUGAGCGCGCAAGCAGAGGCCUGUGCGCGCCUGCUGCUCACACACGGAGCGGAUGUGAAUGCAGUGAGCAGCAGCCAUGACGAGGUGACGCCCCUCCACACAGCGGCUCGUUUCGGAGUCCCAGAGCUGGUGGCCCUGUACCUGCAGCAUGGGGCCCGGGUGGACGCGCUGGACUCGUCCCUGGAGACGCCUCUGAUGACCGCAGUGUUCUGGGCCUAUGACUCCAGAGAGCAGAGCUACAGCCCACAGCACCAGCAGGUCUGCCGGCUGCUGCUGGAGCACGGAGCAGACCCAAACGCCCGUGAGGAGGACCACAAGACGGCGCUGCACAAGGCGGCCUGGAGCUGUGACCAGAAGCUGCUGCAGAUGCUGCUGGAGGCUGGAGCAGACCCCAGGGCCCUGGACUUAAACCUUUGCUCCCCUCUGCACUACCUGCUCGAGGUGUCCUCUGUGCGCCCCGGGAGCACGCCUGAGGCCUGCUUCCAACUGCUGCUCAACUACAGCGCCCCCUGUCUCCACCCGGCACAGUUCCACAAGGUGCUGCUGGUCUGUCAUGAACAGCCCCUGGUCGUAGAGGUCAUGGCCAACUGCUACGACCGCCUCAGGCCCAACAGCAAGUGGAGCUCCUCUGUCCCUCACUGCUGCUACCAGCGACACCGCACCUUCUUCGACUCUCUGUUCUGGGCGUCCUGCUCGCCCCGCAGCCUCAUGCACCUGUCCCGCUGUGCCCUGAGGACCGCUCUGUCCAGGGGAGGGGGCUGUGAGAGGGGGGCCAGGAGUCUGCCUCUGCCCCCCUCUCUGCAGGCGUAUGUCCUGCUACAGCCACAGGGACUGCUCGACUGA